AUGGGGGAUAGAACUGAAGAUGGUGAACUCGUGGAUGAACCCACAGAUCAGACAGAUGCUGGUCGCGAAACAGAUCCUGACUAUGAUGUUUCCUACGAUGCUGACGACGAAGACACAUGGACAGAUGCAGCUCGUGACUACGCCAGAGAUGCUGACAGUGACUGUCAGUUGAAAACCAUGUCUCAGUGGGAACAGUACCUCGAGUCACUUUAUUAUGAUGCAAAGCACCCUGGGAGUUAUGCAGGUCCUGUUAAAUUAUAUCAAGCUGUCAAAGCAGAGGGUAAAUUUAAAAUUCCUCUAGCACAUAUUAAGAAAUGGUUGAAAGGUCAAGAGACCUAUACCAUGACACAUCAAGUGAGACGAAAGUUUCCACGUAAUACCUAUGUUGUGGAAGGUAUAGAUAGUCACUGGCAAUCUGACCUGAUGGACAUGGUCAGUUUGGCUAAAUAUAAUGACGGGGUGAGAUACGUUAUGGUGAUCAUUGACCUGUUCUCCAGGUAUGUGUGGGUUAUACCACUCAAAUCAAAAACAGGGAAAGAUGUAGUAGAUGCUUUGACAGAAUUCUGGAAAUCAGAGUCCAGAAAACCCAAACUGUUUCAGUCUGAUUCGGGAUCAGAAUACAAGAACCACAGGGUCAAAGCAUUGUUGAAGUCACAUGACAUAACGCAGCUGUUUACUCUCAAUGAAACCAAAGCGAGUUAUGCAGAACGGGUCAUUAAAACCAUCAAAAUGCGUCUGUAUCGCUACAUGUUAAAAAAAACUUUACUUACAAGUAUAUGGAUGCUCUAG